CAUGGAGCCCAACGGGACGGCGGCGGCGGGGGGGAACGGCUCGGCGGCGGCGGGGGGCAGUGGGUCCCCCGGGGGAGGCCCCCUGCUCAUCCCUUCGGCCUUCGGGACGGUGCUGUCGGUGAUGUACGUGGCCGGGGUGGCGGGAAACGUCUACACGCUGGUGGUGAUGUGCCACUCGGCUCGCUGCGCAGCCCCCAUGUACAGCUCCAUCGUCAGCCUGGCCCUGGCCGACCUGCUCUACCUCUCCACCAUCCCCUUCAUCGUCUGCACCUACCUGGCCCAGGACUGGUACUUCGGGGACCUGGGAUGCCGCAUCCUGCUCAGCCUGGACCUGCUCACCAUGCACGCCAGCAUCUUCACCCUCACCCUGAUGUGCACCGAGCGGUACCUGGCUGUCACCCGACCCCUGGACACCCUGAAGCGGUCACGCAGCUACCGGAAGGUGACGGCGGGGGUUGUCUGGUCGGUCUCACUACUCCUCACUCUGCCCAUGAUGCUGAUGGUCACCCUGACUGAGGGGGGCAAGGCAGAGGGGAAGGUGAAGAGGAUGUGUGCACCCACCUGGAGCUUGGACGCCUACCGGACCUACCUGACUGUGCUCUUCAGCACCAGCAUCAUGGCCCCAGGGAUCAUCAUUGGCUUCCUCUACACACGCCUGGCCAGGACAUACCUGGAGUCCCAGAGGAACCCCCCCCACAAGGAGAAGAGCAAGAAGUCCCCCCGGCAGAAAGUCCUCAUCAUGAUUUUCAGCAUCGUGCUGGUCUUCUGGGCCUGCUUCCUGCCCUUUUGGAUCUGGCAGCUGGUGCGACUCUACAGCAGCCCCCUGCAGCUCACCACCCAAACCCAAAAGUGCAUUAACUACCUGGUGACCUGCUUGACCUACAGCAACAGCUGCAUCAACCCCUUCCUCUACACCCUACUCACCAAAAACUACCGGGAGUACCUGCGCAACAGGCACCGCAACUUCUACAGGUUCACGUCCUCCUUCCGCAAGAGGGGCUCCAACCUCCAGUGCUCCUGGGGACGGUCCAUGUCCUCCAGCAACCAGUUUGACUACAGCUCGGAGGUCCUGGGCAUGGCCACACUGAAGGACAAGUGAGGAAGAGGAGCACUCUAGAGACACCAGGACCAGCGGAGUGUCUGGCCAAGGGCUUCUCUCAUUCCAUUUGACCUCCUGUUCCAUCUUCAGAGGAAUUAUACCAAGAGUGGAUCCCCAAUGCCAUGGUCUGGGUUGCAAGUGAAGGAGAUGGUGAUGGCAAAACGAGUGCCCCAGUGAACCUUUUCCACCCGAUGAAGAUUCUCUGAUCCAGAGGUGAAAAAGGAAACCCUGCCUGUAAAGACAAAAAUAUUUGAGAUGAGUUUGCCACUCAGCUAUUAGCACUCUUCACAGUUGUGCUGUUGUCUCAGUCUGGCUGCUCCCUAGCUACCCGAGAGCCCACAGGUCACCACAAACUGUUAUGAGCUUGUGCUGCACUCUGACAGCUUUAUGUACUGUUUAAAAUGUAUGUUAAUCCUCUGUGCUACAAAGCUGGAGACAUCAUUCCAUUGUAGCUCAUAGUUUAUAAAAAGGCAGAAGGAGGCCAAGAACAUUUGAAGCCAGUUAUUUGAUGCAAAAAAAAAAAACAAAAAAACAAAACA